AUGGCUGCCCUUCUUCCCCGAAUCGCUUCGCCGGCGGUUCUUCCCAUUCCUCGUAUGCCUUGGCUUGCCGGCAUUGCCAACCGAAUGCUCCCGACUCUCGGCCUAGCCCUUCCUGGCAUCAGCAUUACCAUUCCUACCUUGCUGGACGACAUAUGGGAAGGUAUCCUGCGAGCUGUGCCAAAGAACAAAGUCUCACACUCCAGGAAGCGAAUGAGGCAGCUCGCCAACAAAGGCCUCAAGGAUGUCAACAGUCUUUGUCAGUGUCCCGGCUGCGGUGCUCCCAAACGUAUGCAUCGCUUAUGUCAAAACUGCUUGGAAGCACACAUAACGGACAUUUUCGCGUUGGCUUCCACGCCAAAGGCGCUUCUCUCUGCCGGCGGAUCUUCCACCAUUCAUGUUCACGACACGACAGGCCCGGCCUUUCCCCUCAGGCAGAGCAUAUCCAACGCGCACAAGCUCGGCUGCCACCACCUCUGCACGUCGAGGAACGGCAGGUACGCUGCCAGUGCCGGCUUCGGCGGCGAGGUCAAGAUCUGGGCUCUCAACGCGAACACGGGGGAAUGGGCCGCCGCAGGCGAGAUUACCGGAAGCUCCGUGCAGGCGGGCGAGGUCUGGGCGCUGGCGUUGAGCGAGGACGGCGGCUACCUCGCUAGCACCACCAACGACGGCCGGAUCAACGUUUGGGACGUCGCCGAUGCGGCUAAGCCCAAGAUCCGCGAGUACGAGACUGGCAGCUCGGGCUCGGGGAGCUUCGGCAUGUGCGUCGACCUCAGCAGGGAUGGAAAGUUUACAGCCAGCGGUCACCAAACCGGCGCGGUCUACAUCUUUGACAAUGACACGGGACGCAUUCUGUACUCACUUCCUGGGCUGGCGAAACCUGUUCGCGCUGUGGCCUUUUCUCCUGGAAACACGCGGCUCGCGGCGGCAGGCGAUGCUGGCAUCAUCGCCCUCUACGACAUGAAGCAUGGAGAGCACAUUGGUAACCUGACCGGACACUCGUCUUGGAUCACGACCAUCGACUGGAGCGACACUGGGGAGUAUCUCCUGAGCGGAUCGAUGGAUGGCAAGGUCAAGGUAUGGUCUGUGGAGCGCAGCGACUGCGUGGCGACGCAUAGCGAGACAGAUAAGGCGCUAUGGGCCGUCCGGUGGCUGCCCAAGACGGGACGCAGCGAGAUGUUUUGCACCGCCGGUGCCAACAGAAGUCUGUCAUUUUACCGUGAGGCUACCGGUUAG